GUUAUGUGCGGACCUGAGAGGCCGUGACUGCGGUAUAUUCCCAGCUUCUGAGGAGCUGUGCUGGCCGCCAUGUCUGUGUGUGGUCAUCUCUAUGGAGGUGCUGUGUAGGUGUGAAACACACGAGCUUGUAGUCGGGUCGUGUACUGGUUCUAUUAUGUCUAAACAAUAAAAGGGAUGUCUAUGGAAAAGAUUAUCCGAGAUGCACUGACAGGUUUUAUCCAGUCUUAUAUACCUGAUGCUGAUUUAAGUGCUAUGGAUGAAGUGUUCUUUUCAUACUUCACUGGGGUUUUAGAAGAACUGGGAUCUCAAGAUUCCUCAGAGGAAGACUUUGAUAUGGAAACUUUUAUGGAAAUGUUGAAGGGUUACAUCCCAGGAUUUGCAGAAAUUGGCAGUGAAAAAGUGUACGAAAUGAUGUUUGAACUAUCAGGACGGCUAAGUGAAGCUCAUAAAAAGGAAAACGAUUCUCCUGAAACAUCUGAGACUUCACUGCUAGCAAGAUAUUCUGAUGGCAUUGAACCCAAAGAAAGCAGAUUACAUGUAGCAUCUGAAGGAGCAGAGGCCCAGGAAAACAGCAAUGCAAAAAUGAAUGUAGAUCUGCUACUAGAGAUGUUCCCAGCAUGUACAGUGCGUCAAGCUGAGAAAGUGUUGUCUAUGGCUAAAGGAAACCUAGAAGAGGCCGUGCAGAUAAUAGUGGAGAAAGAGGUGACUUUAGAUGACACAUCAGAACCACAGAUAUUUCAAAAGAAUCCCAAAAAAGAAGACAUGAAAGAAUUAAUUUUACAGAAAUACAUGUUGGUUGACAACGAAGAUGACAAAAAAACACACAGGCCUUUGAUGCCUAAAGAGGCCCCUAAGAAACUGAUUCGAUAUAUUGACAAUCAAGUGGUCAGCACAAAGGGGGAGAGAUACAAAGAUAUGAAGAAACCUGAGAGUGAGGAAAUGAAGAAAACCUACAUAAAUCUCAAGCCUGCCAGAAAGUACAAGUUUCACUGAAGCAUAAAAGCAGUAGGACCUUCCCAGCUUCUGUUUAGUCUGGAGCAUGUGUCCACCACGAUGGGUAUAUACCAAUACACUCUGUAACAGAGAAGAGAACUUAUCACUGGUUUAUUCACUUAUGGGGGGGGAAUUUCACCAUUAAUAAGCAAUAUAUGAUGUCAUGUGGGAGAGUCCUAACCUUUACAUGGAAAUCUCUGAUAAUGGCAUCUCGGGUCAUUUAGUUCAUCCAUAGCCACAAGAUCUAUAACUGUUAAUGGUGCAUCACAUAUGGUGCUAUGUUGGUUCUUAGGAACAAAUAUUGUCUUUGUAAAGCUCUCCGCCCUCAACGUCGCCAAGUAAUCAGAUUCCAGACUAGCUUUUGAAAUUAAAAGGGUUUUCCAAGAUUUUAAUACCGAUAA